CUGCGCAGUCACAACUCAAGCAUCAGAAAAGUGCGUGUGCAAGCAGAAACCUUUUCCACUGACCACGAAAGCAGGAUGUGUCGCUAAGGAAAAGAAAGAAAAAUUGCAGUGCAGUCGGAGAAACUUAGAGCUUGGAGAACACGUCGUAAAGGCCUGUUCGAUACCUUAUUUUCAACACAAGGACAUCAAGGAACCGGACCAAAAUGACGUGCUUUAAGAUUUUCAGCUGUAGGCAUUUUGUCCUUAAAGUUUUCCUUGUGCAGUUUCUUGCUUCCCUGCAAACUUUUGCUGCGCCCUCACCCAUCAUAAAGUUCCCAGGCGAUGAAACUUCUCACACAGACAAAGAAGUGGCCCUGCACUACUUAAAUAAGUUCUAUGGCUGCCCAAAAGACAGGUGUAACCUGAUGGUGCUAAAGGACACACUGAAGAAGAUGCAGAAGUUUUUUGCUUUACCGGAGACAGGGGAGAUUGAUCAGAAGACCGUAGAGAUCAUGAAGAAACCACGUUGUGGAGUUCCUGAUGUGGCCAAUUACAAUUUCUUUCACAGGAAGCCCAAGUGGGGACAGAAAAACAUUACAUACAGGAUCUUAGGGCACACCCCGGAUCUGGAUGAAGAAACAAUUGAUGAUGCGUUCUAUCGUGCAUUUAAAGUCUGGAGUGAUGUCACACCUCUGAACUUCACCAGGAUCAUGGAUGGAGAAGCUGACAUCAUGAUUAAUUUUGGCCGAAAUGAACAUGGUGAUGGUUACCCAUUUGAUGGAAAGGAUGGUCUGCUGGCUCAUGCCUUUGCCCCUGGACCUGGUAUUGGAGGAGAUUCUCACUUUGAUGAUGAUGAGCUGUGGACAUUGGGAGAAGGGCAAGUGGUAAAGGUGAAGUAUGGUAAUGCUGAGGGGGAGUUUUGUAAGUUUCCAUUCUUGUUCAUGGGUAAAGAGUACACCAGCUGCACCACUCAGGGUCGAGAUGAUGGGUUCCUUUGGUGCUCUACCACAUACAACUUUGAUGAAGAUGGAAAGUAUGGCUUCUGUCCUCAUGAGCUCCUGUUCACAUUGGGUGGAAAUGCUGAUGGAGCACCUUGUAAGUUCCCCUUCACUUUCCAGGGAGAUAAAUAUGAUAGUUGCACCACCUCAGGAAGGGAUGAUGGGUACCGUUGGUGUGCCACCACUGAAGAUUAUGACCGUGACAAGACUUAUGGAUUCUGUCCUGAGACAGCAAUGUCAACGGUUGGAGGAAAUUCAGAUGGUGCACCCUGUGUCUUCCCCUUUAAAUUUCUUGGCAACACGUAUGACUCCUGCACCAUAUCGGGACGCAGUGAUGGAAAGAUGUGGUGCGCCGUCACCAAAAGCUUUGAUGACGACCGCAAGUGGGGUUUCUGUCCUGACCAAGGCUACAGUCUAUUCCUGGUGGCGGCCCAUGAGUUUGGUCAUGCCCUGGGUUUAGAGCACUCUGAGGACCCUGGAGCUCUUAUGGCUCCUAUCUACACAUUCACCAAAACAUUAAGGUUGUCUGAUGAUGACAUUAAAGGCAUCCAGGAGCUGUAUGGUGUGGCAACAGACAAACCAUUACCCCCUAAUGUCCCACCGGUCACGCCAAUGGAUGUAUGUAAUGAGAACAUUAUAUUUGAUGCUGUAGCCCAGAUCAGAGGAGAGAUCUUCUUCUUUAAAGACAGGUUCCUUUUCAGAUCUGCUGAUGUCAGAAGGAAGCCUACAGGCCCUAUGCUGGUGGCUACUUUCUGGAGUGAACUUCCGGAGAAGAUUGAUGCAGCUUACGAGAAUCCUCUUGAGGAGAAGACGGUCUUCUUUGCAGAUGAUGAGAUGUGGGUAUAUUCUGCCAGUACUCUGGAGAGAGACUAUCCCAAGAAGAUCUCCAGCAUGGGUCUUCCUUCAGAUUUGCAUAGAAUUGAUGCUGCCUACUCGUUCCACAAGAGCAAGAAGACUUACUUAUUUGCUGGCAACAAGUUCUGGAGAUACAAUGAAGCCAAGAAAAAGAUGGAUCCAGGCUUCCCUAAACUUAUUGCGGAUUCUUGGAGUGCUGUUCCAGAUGACAUAGAUGCCGCCCUCAGCCUUACUAGUGAUGGUCACAGCUACUUCUUCAAAGACUCCCACUAUCUCAAAAUGGAUGACAGCACUCUGAAAAUUGUCAAAGUUGGGGAGGUCAAAAAGGACUGGCUACACUGCUGAACAUCAGCAGAACACUCAGCCCCUGGCACUCUGUGAUGACCUUCAUCACUAGAUAAAAACAAGGCCAGUGUUAAUGUGCCAAAUGACAGCACUCAAAUUUUACCAUUCUGCCCCUCUUGGUUAGUCAGAGCCUCUUAGAUUAUAACCCAUCCUUAGCUAACCAGAGAGGCCUGGAAAGCCUCACUGCCAGGACCAUUUCUGCAUGCCAGACAUACAGUAGGCAAACAAGACCAUAAUAUUUGCUGUUUUGUCAUAACGUGUGAUAUUUCUUGUUUUUAAUUAUGAAAGGGUUUAGUGCAGCUCCUACCCCUUAAUAUAACCUACAUGUAUAUCAUCAGUUUUAAAAGGACUUCUGACAUUUCCCAUUUACAUGUAAAUGUGGUAAUGGUGUCAGUGAGAUGUAUCUCCUUUUUUAAAAAAUUGCACAGAAUAAAUCCAUCCAGGCAGUAUGUAAAAAGCACAAUUGUAAUAUUUUGCUAGUACUGAUAUGCAAAGAUUAAGGACUUAAUUCUUGUUUUAUUUUGUAGUAAAUACUAUCCAAUAAAAAUUCCUGCAUUUAAUAAGAGAACACAUUUUAAACAUGAUAAUUGUGUACAAACACAGAGACCAAACAACUGUCAAAGCAUAUCAUUUUUAGUCUUGUUUCUUUCGUCUUGUGGUACAGAGAGAUUCACGGCACGGGUUGCCUGAAGACUGUAUAGGGUUUGUUGCAUGAUGGACUCAUGUCAAGCAAGUAUCAAGAGAAUACUGAUUAAUAAUCAUUUGUACUCUUUAAUUUUUUUUUUUUUUUUUUUGUAGUUUUUGAAUUGACAUAUACAAUGUUUAUAUUUGUAAUGUUUUACUUUUAUUAUUUUCAAUAUGCUUUGUGCACUUUGUCACUGUCUCAAAAUAAAUAUUAAUUAUUCUUUAAA